ACUGAGUAAUAACAAUUACUCUCUAAGCUUGAAUAAAUUUAUUCGUAUCUCCAUUGAUAAAAAUAAAUAAAUAAAACACCAGUGUUUAAAAUAAAAUAAUAAAUACUCCAGUGUUUCUAUUUAAACUUAUCUAUCAACACUGAAAUAAAAAGUCAUAUUUAAUUCCUAAUAAUAUUAUUAUUAAAAUUUAUAAUAUUAAAAAUAAUAAAUAUCGACUGUAAAUCUAUUUAAAAAAAAUGGAUAAAAAACUACGAAUUAAAAAUUCAUCACACCAUCAAAAGCGUUCUGAAUUCAUUGAUGACGAGUGUAGUACUGACAGUGGUUGUAGUAGUGGUGGAAGUACAGGAAGUGCCGAACGUCUAUCACGGGUCAAUGACCCAAGAUCGACAUUUCAACAUCGCUGUUAUAUUAAUCAUGUUCAUUAUCAUAAUGAACCGUCUACUACAAGAUCACAAGAACGCUUAUCUAAGCCUAACGUCACCUCUAAUCAACGGGGACGUAUCAGCAAAUCAUCGAGAUCAUGGAGUCCAAGUAACUCAAGAAAACAUACUGAAAAAUCACCAACUCCAUCAUCCAGCCCAUCAGAUGCUCACAGCACCGACAGUGAUUCAUUAAAAAGCACACCUAAAACUGACGUUUUCCGGCGCGCUUUACAUUAUCUCACACUUACUAAGAUAGAAACCAGUAGUAGUAGUAGUAAUAAUAAUAGUUGUUGUAGUAGUAGUGGUACUAGCAAAGAAAAGAAACUCACUAAAAAAAGUCCGAAGAAAAUUUUAAGAAAACCUGUUACUUACACAUACGUCAAAGGAUUAUCCGGUUUACCAACGCAACGAGUGCCUAGAAAUUCAACACCAGAACUUCCUUCAUCUUUUACUUGCUGAAUAUAUACUUCAGUCUAUUCAUCGUUUAAUAAUUUAUUUAUGGUAAAUAAUAGGAUUAUAAUUCAUUAAAAUUUUAAAAAAAGGAGAAAAAUUUUACU